AUGAGUAUUGAACAUACAUUAUUAUUAAAUCAAGCAAAUGUUCGAUUAUUGCUGAUUACAGCUAAUACGGGUUCUAUAUUUGAAAAGCCUGAUCUAUUAACAGCAUGGCUGAUCGAAUUCGCAAACCUUGUACGUCAACAUCCAUCAGAUUUCAUAGCAUUGCAUUGUCAGGAAGUCGGUGGAAAAGACUAUGAAAAAUUUAUGCAUACUCUAGAUCAAUUUCUCAAAGAUUUUCUUGAACUACCUGAAAUAUCUUCUGAUUUUACUCGUUAUCGUUUAUAUUUUGAUUCAGAUUAUACAUCUCAGGAAGCAUUUACAGCUCUUGGUUGUGUUUAUUUAAUUCGUCAAAAUCUUUCUGUUCAGCAAUGGAAUUUUACGACUUCAUCUUUUCAAGUUGUUGUUAAUCGUCAGAUUUUUGCCGGUAAUCUUGUCAAUGCUCAAACAAUAAGAAAAGAAAAAUAUCCAAAGGAGUUUUGUCCCGAGUCAAAAUGGUCUCGAAAAGGCUUUACACAAACUCGUUGGCUAAUAAAUGGCUUUACAUUUGACUUGGUAAAUGUACAUCUAUUUCAUGACGCAUCAAACCUUUUAGCAAUAGAACAUAGUCCAUCUAUGUACAGUAAAUGCCGGAGAAGCGCUUUGCAAUAUACUCUACAAAAUUUAUCACUUGGCUGUUCUGGUAAACAUGUACCAUAUGUUAUAUUUGGUGAUUUUAAUUUUCGACUUGAUGCUCGUCGUUUAGUUGACUAUAUUUCGGAAAAAAGAAGCGAUUUAAUUCAUGAAAUAAGAGAAGAAAAUAGUGAUGAAAUUACUAAAAUGAUUAUAAAAAAUGAACAUAACAUCCCAAAAUUAACAAUACAAAAGAAAGAAUUCAAUCUUCAUGAUAAUCAUGAUUCUUUUUUUAACAUAAAUACACAACAGGCUCGUAUGUUUGAUUUUGAAUCUUCAUCAUUUGAUGAUCAUAUUUUUGAAUAUGAAAAAACUUUUCCCCCGAGUUAUCCGUACAGUGAAGAACAACAUGAAGCUCGUUCAUAUCUACGUGCUCGUUGUCCAGCUUGGUGUGAUCGUAUUCUUCUUAGUCAUUCAUUCAAAAAUAUUGUUGAUACUCAGACCGAAAAUCCAACCUAUGAUAUUAUUGGAUAUGAUGUAUGCGUAGGUGAUCAUAAGCCGGUUUAUUUAUCUUUAACGAUACGUUUGGUACAAGAUGCCAACGAUCAUAUACAACAAUUAAAAACCUUAACCCUUCCUUCAAAUAUCAAAACCGAAUUACAUACAUUGGAUAUUCAAAAUAAUAAAUCUUUAGAAACUUUAUCAGAAUCAACAGAUCCUGAAGAUUUACUUUCAAAAAAAUCAUUAUUAUUACCAACAACUUCUAUGCUAACUAACGACGAUGACCAUCGAACAGUACUCGCACAUUAUGUAUUUCCUGCUAAUAUAAAACAUACAAUAGUUCGAUUUAUACGCGAGACGCCGGUGUAA